CAAGACCCCUGGGCUGGGCCCUCGGCCCCCAAACCUUCCUAGAGCUUACUGGGCCCUCAGCUCUUGGCCAGACCCGCCCCCGGGCCGCCCUCUCCCUCCUUCCCAUCCUUGGUGGCCCGCAGACCCUACCCUUUAUCAGACUCUGGCUCCCAGCCCACAGGCACAGGCCUCAGAUCCGCUUCUUCCUCAGUCCCUUCCCCCAGCGCGGAGAUCCCAACCCAGCACCCAGAGGUUUCCCUGAACCUCAGUCCACAUCCCCGGACCUCAGACCUUCUCCCAGCCCGCAGACCCUGCCCUCAGACUGUCUUCCUCCCUUCGAUCCCCUUGCAUAGCCUGGAGACCCUGCCCCUUCUCAGGUCCCAACCCUCAGGCCCCUCUUCCUCCAGACCCUUUUCCUAACCCCCUAGAUUCCUUUCCUACGCUCAGAUCCUAUCCCUGGAGGUCCUUACACCUCCCUGAGAUGGAGCGCCCAGCCCUCAGACUCCCUUAGACCCCAUACCUGCUGGUUGUAGCUCCCAGAGCCCACCCCUUUGCUCCUUCAAACGCCUAACAACAAAUCAGACCCCUCCUGACUCCCCUGCCUUUCUCACACUGCCCUCCAGGACUCCCAGCCGGUUCUGUUUUUAUUGCCCCCAGAGGUCCUGUCUUCACUUUCUCCUGCCCUCAUGAGACCCCCCCUAGGUGAUCCCCACCCAGGAGCUGACUGAGUCCGGAGCCCACAGAUGCCCUCCCCGCGCUCUCGAUUCCCCGUGGAGCUGGGCUCUGUUAGGGAUCCAGAAGCCCAGGUGGGACAACUGCAUCGCCUGGCUGUAGCUGGGGGCCCAGGCUGGGGCCUCACCCGGCUCCUGCGCAGAGUUGUCCAGGUCGAUGGUGAGAACUCUGCUGGGCAGACGGGGCUCUUCCUUUCGGCGCUGCUGGGCCACAGCUCUGUCGUGCAGCUCCUGCUGUCCUUCGGCGCCAACCCUAACCACCGCUGCCUCGAUGGCAGCACGCCUGUGCACGCAGGUGCCUUCUCGGGCCGCCGCCCGGUGGUGCUGCACCUGUUGCGGGCAGGGGGUGACCUGCGUCUACGUGACCAGCAGGGUCGCACGCCUCGGGACUGGGCAGAGCAGGGUGGUGCCAGGCAGAGCCGGGAGGUGCUGGAGCUGCUAGAGCUAUGCCGAGCCCGCGUAGCAGCACUGGUGCAUGGCGGUGCGUUGGCAGCCAGUGCGUCCCUGGGCCAGCUGCAGGCCAGCUCUGACCACCACCUGUGUGGCUCCCUGUGGUUGCCGCGGCUGCUGCGUGCGGACGGGGCACCGAGGCAGGAGCAGACCAGAAGACCCCCCCAAAUCCCAGCCUUGGGGUUUGGCCAGCUGAGCAGCCUGUGGCCACUGGGGCUGCUGACGGGCAUACCCCUCGCGGACCCCAAGGAGCUGCUGCCAGCCCAGGGCGAGCCCGACCGCACCUACGAGAGCAGCUCCCGCACCCUCAUGGCCAACCUCCUGUGGAGGGGCCACCCUGUGACAGCUCGGCAGCUGAAGGUACCGGGAACUCAGCCUGAUGUGCUGUUGGCCGACCUUCAACACUGCAGCACCCUGCACCACCCCAACAUGUUGCUGCUGAUGGCACUGAGCCCCUCGGCGGACCUGUCAGGACUGUGCCUCCUCUUCGAACCCGUGUGGCUGGGCUCCCUGCACGUGGUGCUGCACCCACGGGGACCGAGUCAGGGAGGGCCCCGCACUGUGCCAGGCCUGCCGCCCGGCCACCUGCUGCUGCAGGUGCUGGAGGCCCUGCUGUUCCUGCAGGCCCGCUGGCGUGCUCAUGGCGGCCUUAGCUCUCAUGCCGUGCAGCUGGUACGGCCAGGCCUGGCCAAGGUGGGCAGCCUGGAGCACGGGCGCCCACUGCACCGAUGCUGGCCGCCGCCCAGGCCACAGCAGGGCUACCCCCGGGGAGGCCCAGGCCCAGGGCUACCCCCGCCUCCUGAACUGUACCCAUGGCUGCCACUUGAGCUCAUCUGCGGUGACGUGCCUGCCGCCACCUCAGAUCUCUACAGCUUCUGCAUCCUGGCCCAGGAGGUCUUCACCAGAGAGCUGCCCUGGGCUGGGAGAAAGGGGCCUGAGGUGAAGGCUAAAUUGGAGGCAGGUGAGAGCCCGGCCCUGGAUCCCCUGGUACCAGCCCCCUACCAGGCCCUGGUUCAGGCUGGGCUGGGCCUAGGGCCCGCUGACCGCUGGGGCAGCCUGCAGAGUACUCGAUACCUGCUGCGGGAGGCCAUGGCCCAGGACUCCACUCCUGAGGUGAGCUCCCGGAAGCAUUGGCCCACACGGUACCUUCCAUCCCAGGGUUCCCCACCAGAGACACUGUACUGUGAGGUGGCUCCCAGAGCCAAGACUAUACCCAGGCCUGUGCCCCCUGUGAUGCCCCUAGGCCCCUCCCCAUGCCAGGCCCCGGAGACUCCUGAGACCCCAGGCCACAGCAGAGUCCAGAGGGGCACAGCCUGGGACUCAGGCAGCAGCUUGACUCUAGGCAGCCUGAGCCCCAGCCCCAGCUUCUACCCAGGCUUCAGCCCCGCAGCCAGGGUCAGCCUGCACCGCUGCCUGGAGCCCAGCUCAACAGUGCCCAGUCCCGAGCUGAUCAAAGGAGAUCUCUUCUCCAGCCUGCAGAAGAUGGACCUGCUGGAGGAGGUCAUAGCAGAGCUGCAAGGUGGAUGCCAACUCGGAGACAAGCCCAGCCUCGACCCCACUCCUGACAGAUUCUUAGGGUGCCCAUGACUGCCUCCCUGAAGAUAUCACUGCUCAGAGCCUCCCAGGAGUGACUCCCCAUUCAGCACUUGCUGAAAUGAUAAAGUGAUAAAGCAGCC